AUGGCGGAAGAAGACAGCCCAACCAUGGAGAUACCUUUGCGCGCUGCUAAGGGCGUGUCGCAAUUCUUUCUCUUCGAAGCUCUGCGCACUGGCCGUGACGAGUUCAGAAUCACAACCUCGCAACUCGGAGACGCGCGUGAUAAAGCCGAGAAGAUGCUCGCUCAGGAGUCACCUGUCGAGUUCGAGUCCUUGAUCCGGGAUAUCCUGGACACUUGUGCGAAGAGUUUGCAAACACAUGCUGCUAUUAUCGAGGCUAUUGCUGAGACAUUGCGUGGUGAUGCUGAUGACCACGAUGAGAGCGGUAAAGAAAAGAUAAACAAAUCCUCAUUGCUGGUCGCUCAGAUUAAGGAUGCUGCUGCCGGUAUGGAGGAGUUGAGAGACGUCAAGGAGAAGUCACCUCCGCUACCAACUGAAAGCGACUUUGACUCGGAGCCGGAAGUGCUAUCAUCCAAGAGAUCAAAAGCUAGAGGGGUCGAGGAGGCCACUCUUCCCAAGAAAGAAAAGACCAAAACCAAGCAUGCUCCGAACACAUCAGCACCAAUCACAGAGAAUGCUUCGCCUGAAGUUCUGGAUGACAAGACUAUGAAGGGCAAAGGCAAGAAGCUUAGCAAGCCUUCCAGGAUGUCAGCAUCCAAAGCACCCGAGGGAGCCGAAGAAUCUGUCAAGAUGAAGGCUGCCAAGGUCAAACAUUCAUCACAAUCUUCUGAGACAACUCUUGAAGAAAAGCUCGACACAUCAAUGGUCGACAAUGACUCCCCACCAGAGACUCCAAAACCAGUCUCAGCGCAGCACACCCUUGUCGUCGACGAUAACGACAUCAAUGCAGAAGUGGACGCGCGCCUUGCGGCCAAAGAAGCGAAGCGAGCUAAGAAGAAGGAAGCAAAGAAACGCAAGCGCGAUUCUGUCGCUUCCGACAUCUUCUCUCCGGAUCCCAAGGCUGAGCCUGCACACAUCACACCAUUACCCGCUAAGAAAAAGGCUCGCGUUGACAAGGACGAUGGUGAUGUCAAGGAAAAGCGCCAGAGUGUUGAUGACACACCAAGCAGUAAGGUUAAGACGAAGAAGCAGAAGACUGAUGGCACUAUCGAGAAGGCAGAGAAGACCGUCGAAGCAAACAAGGCGAAGCGCAGACGCUCGUCCAACACAAUUGCGGCAGAUGCACCUACUGCUGUUCCACAGACUAACAAUCGCAACAAGAAGCGUAAGGUGGGAUUUUGA